AGCACAGAAAAACCUGCUGACCCACAUGCUUAGCCAGGGACCGUUAACAUGGAAAUUCACAUGUAGGAAUAAUUCCAGUAAGGUCCAACAGAUGGCGCAAAACUGGUUCUUCGGUAUUGUUUUGCUUAUAUCAAGGACUUGCACUUUGUCAAGCACGUAUUUUUUCCCGUCCAUUUAGAAGUUAUUUUCUCUUCUUCUGAGAAAGAAAUCUUGAAUUUGGACACAUAUCAUGAUGCCCUGAAGAAUAUCAAGAUGCCCUGAAGAAUAGCAACAACCUUUGGAGGAUAGCCAUUUCAGCAUCAUGACCAAAGACAAAGAAUCUAUUGUCAGAGGCUUUCAUUAUGUUUACAUUGUGACCUUAAUAGUUGGAACCAUAAUCCAGUUCUCUGAUGCAAGUAAACUUGCAGUAGACAUGUCGAAAAUAGGCCUUACUCAUGUUCCAAAAGACCUGCCACCAAAAACCAAAGUCUUAGAUUUGUCUCGGAACUGUAUAUCUGAGCUUCACAUCUCUGACAUCAGCUCUCUCUUAGGGCUGAAAGUUUUGAGACUUUCCCAUAAUAAAGUCCGGGUCCUUGAUUUUAGUAUUUUUAGGUCCAACCAGCAUUUGGAAUAUUUGGAUUUAUCUCACAAUCAGUUGCAGAAGAUAUCCUGCCAUCCUAUCAUGAGUCUCAAGCAUUUAGACCUCUCCUUCAAUGACUUUGAUGUCCUGCCCAUAUGUAAGGAAUUCAGCAACUUGACACAGUUGAAUUUCUUGGGAUUAAGUGCUAAAAGGAUACAACAAUUAGAUCUCUUGCCAAUUGCUCACUUGCAUCUAAAUUGCAUCCUUCUGGAUUUAGAAGGCUAUUAUGUGAAAGAAAAUGAGACAGAAAAUCUUCAAAUUCUGAAUACAAAAACACUUCACCUUGUUUUUCACCCAAAUAGUUUAUUCUUUGUCCAGGUGAACAUAUCAGUUUAUAGUUUAGGGUGCCUACAACUGACUAAUGUUAAAUUAAAUGAUGACAACUGUCAGGUUUUAAUUAAAUUUUUAUCAGAACUCACUGGAGGACCAAACUUACUGAAUUUUACCCUCAACCACAUGGAAACAACUUGGAAAUGCUUAGUUAGAGUUUUUCAAUUCCUCUGGACCAAACCUGUAGAAAAUCUCAAUAUUUACAAUUUAACAAUAGUAAAAAGCAUUGGUAAAGAAGAUUUUACUUACCAUAAAACAGCAUUGAGAGCACUGAAAAUAGAACAUAUCGCAAACAGAGUUUUUAUUUUUUCACAGCAAGCAUUAUACAGAGUGUUUUCUGAGAUGAAUAUUAUGAUGUUAACCAUAUCAGAUACGCCCUUUGUACACAUGCUUUGUCCUCAGGCACCAAGCACAUUUAAGUUUUUGAACUUUACCCAGAAUGUUUUCACAGAUAGUAUUUUUCAAGAAUGUUCCACUUUAGUUAGAUUGGAGACUCUUAUCUUACAAAAGAAUAAAUUAAAAGACCUUUUCAAAGUAAGUCUCAUGACUAAGGAGAUGCCAUCUUUGGAAAUACUGGAUGUUAGCUGGAAUCUUUGGAAUAUGGUAGACAUGGUAGAAAUUGCAGUUGGGUUGGGAGUAUAGUGGUGUUAAACUUGUCUUCAAAUAUGCUUACUGACUCCGUUUUCAGAUGUUUACCUCCCAGAGUCAAGGUACUUGAUCUUCACCGUAACAGAAUAAGGAGCAUUCCUAAACCAGUCAUGAAACUAGA